AUGUCUGAUGAAGAUAUCGUCACCACUCUACCCUACAGAAAGAUCCCAAAGUUCUGCAAAAGAACCGCUUUUCAGGAAGAGCUACAAGAAGCACUUUUUGUUCGUGCGGCAAGGCAGAACAGUACUGAAUAUCUGGAUGACUUUGAGAGUGAUGAAGAGGGUACAGUAGAGGAGCUUCCUGAAGAUGUGGAAAGCACCCCAAAGAAAUCUGUAGCCUUUGCAAUCCCUCUGUCCAACUACCAUCUUGGCAAUGUGAGCACUUGGCAGAGUAGAAGUACAGAGGACUUGGCUUCAUCAAACAGUGACGAGAGACCUCAGCAAGUGUUCACGUCGGAGAGCGAGAUUUCAACUGAAGAGAGGCAGGCUGUCCCUUCUUCACAAACUGAAAAUUCUGGGUCGUCUGAAGAGAGUGCAACAAAACGAUCAGUUUCCUUUGAAAUGUCUCCUCCAGAUGAUUGUCCUUGGAAAAGGAAAACGGUUGAUGACUUGGCUUUGUCUGAGGAUGAAGAGAGAUUCCAGGCAACAUGCCUGCUGGAAAGUAAAACACGGAGUGAAAAGAGGCAAAGACAUUACUUAGAACUUUCAGUUUCUGAAGAAGAGUUAGAUAUUGAGGGGGAUUUUGAACAACACGACAAGGCACCUAUGACUGAGAUGCGGCUGGAGAGGAAUGACAUGAGACCACGCAAGCCUAAAAUCAAGCCAGUACCAAAGCCCAGGGAAUUCAAGACUAAAACAGCAUCAGCUUCAGCUGAGAACAUCAGCAUUCCUGCACAAGAUGAUUAUUCGAAGCCAUCUCCUCAACCCAGAAGGAUGUUAAGAAAAAGUAGCCAUCUGGAGGACUACGAAGGCUCCAAGGCAGAGGACAGAGCGUCUUAUGGCCAUAGGUCAUUUUCAUUGUCUGCACCAUCUUCCCUUACAAGGCUGAAUGAUCAAAUGAUGAAAUCUGAGCAAAGAGCACUUUCUGAAAGUCCUGGUCCAGAGGGUCCUUGGAUAGGAAGCUCCUCUUCACCAUUCCCCAUCCAUUUUUCAUCACUGGAUGAAAGAACUGGAGAUUCCAAACUGAUAAUGUCAGAGGAAGAAACUUCCAAAGACCAGGACCAAAAAGAAACCGACAACUGCAAUGAUCUGAAAAUGCGGGAGAGUGGCAGAGAAUCCCCUUCUGUGAUAGAACUAAUGAUGACAACAGUUUAUGAGAAAACUAAAAAACUGAACAAGUCAGCUGAAAAUUACCUGGAACGCAAGCUGCAGGCAUCACAAUAUUAUGCUACUGAAAAUGGCUCAGAUGAGGCAACUAAGGAAGAUAAGUCUGAACAGAAGAAAGCACCAAGUACUUCCAAGGUUGCACUGAAUGUGUCAAAGGAGGCAGUAAAGGAAGAAGUUGAAGAAAAAGAGACAGCUUCACAAAAAACAAAGCCUGCAGUUGGCAGAUCUUUGAGCUCUACAUAUUUGAAGAAAACAGGGAAGCCUUCUCAUAUCCCAAUAAGUACAUCUUCUCAAUAUUUAGGAACAUUAAAGGUCUUGGACAACAAACAUUUACAAAAAUAUAGCGCUGAACUUGAUAAAGCAGAUAGUUUACGGGCAGCUGUUUAUCAGGACUGGUUGGAAAAGAAAAGAAUCUUCCUGUUAGAACUACAGAGAAUAAAAAGAAAUAAAGCAGAAGACUUGUGGGAAAAAAAUGAAAAGAAACAAGCUGCUAAGAAAGAAGAAGCAACUGCAUCCUUUGAAGCUUGGAAGGCUAUGAAAGAAAAGGAAGCAAAGAAAUUGGCUGAAAAAAAGAGGUUGGAAGAAGAAAAGAAAAAGAAAGAAGCAGAACUAAAUGAGAAGAAAAAAGAAGAAGCACAAAAGGCAGCUUUUGAGAAAUGGAAAGAAAAGAAAGCUGAAUACUUAAAACAGCAAAUAAGAAGGGAGAAAAGAGUUGAAAGAUUAAAGAAGAAGCAAGAAGAGGAGGGGGUUGCAGAGAAAAAGAAAGAUAGCAGGUCUGCUGUUGAAAAAUGGAAUGAGAAAAAAGAAGAAUUCAUGAAGCAAAAGAAAAAAGAAAAAACCCAAGAAAGAAAAAAAGAAGUAGAAGAACAAUUUGAGAAGGAGGAAAAGGAUAAAAAAGCUAUAGAAGAAUAUGAAAAAUGGCUGGAACAACCGCUUCUGAAGGUCAGCACAGCCCAGAGCCAGCAAAACCUAGCAGCAGCAGCAGCUGCAAAAGAAAAGAAAGAGCUGGAGGACAGGAUCCAGAAAAAGCAAAAGAAGCUCCAGGUUAUCCUUGAGGAUGAAACACCCCCUCCAUGGAGUCCACCCGGCAAGGUUGUGUCUUCAAGAAGCUAUUGAGAUGCUCAUUGUCGUGAGGAACGUUCCAGAAUUCUUCCAUCAUCAUUACUGCAUAACACCUGGUUUUAAUGUGAAUUGAAAAUGGCUCUUGCAUCCUUUCUUUAAAGUCAUGAUUUGGCUCUCUGAUAUGGGAACACUGUAGAUCUAAAUAGGUG